UCUGAGGAAGAUGGCAGAGUACAGCGUUUCUGGCCAAGGAAGAAAAAGAAGGAACUCUCUGGGUGAAUUUCCCACUGACAUGGGGGUGCCCUUCCUCCCUUGCCCCUCUGGGUUUCGUCACUGCCUCCCUGCUCCUGACCCCGGUCCAUUCCCCACUUGCCAGCCCCUCCCCACACACCCUUGUGGGGCCUUCUGAGGUGACGUAGUGAACCCUGAUGCCUGAUGUCACAUGGAGCACAUUUGGCCAUGUCCUGGGCCCCGGGGAUGACACUGACAAAGACCAGGCGAGGAGGUGGGUGGAGGGAAGUGACGAGAGGCCUGGAAAGCCACCUAGCCUGCCUCACGAGGGUCCCAGGAUGCUGUGCCGAGGCGCUUCUGAGGCGUGGGAGCCAAGUGCCUGUCCCCAUGGCAAAUACGUAGGAGGGGGCAGCAGGGAGGCAUUGCUGGAGGCCCUGCUCAAGCCUGAGCCGGGUGACACCAUGCUGGACAGAGCCACUGAAGCAGAGGGCAGACCCCAAGACCUCUGGGGAUGGAGUGCCAGAGGGGAGGUGACAAGGAGGCUUCCCAGGCCAUGGGUGCCACCAGGUUGGGACGCUCCUCUGUUCUCCACCAUCCUCCUCAACGGGUGCUGGUUUGCGCACGAGAGGUGAGGGGCAGGAGGAGGCCCAGGGCUCAGCGUACCCCACCUAGCUGUGUCCAUGUGGGCUGGUGGGCUCCUGUGAGGGACAGCCCUGGGGAGGGUGGUGGUUUGCUGGCCAGGGCUGGAGGAGAGCUCUCUGGCCAUGCUAAAAAUAUCGGGUAUGAAUGCAACAGGUGCUGGUCAGGCGUGCCUCUUGUCGCAGGCUGGACUGCCCUGGUGACCCUACCCUCUUGCUCACAUGGAGCCAUCGCCAGCUGAGGCCUGGUCCUGGUUUCCCACAGACCCUGCUGGGCAUCCCCCAUCCCACUCUCUCCGAUCUCUGCCCAUUUUCCUGAGGGCCGGGCUGGGCACAAGCCAUGCUUGCUCUCCUGCUUGGCGUGCCCCCCGCUCCCACCGUGUCUUGUUGGAGACCAUCCCGCAGCAUGUAGCCAGUGGAUCCAUAGGCCAGCAGGCAGGCAGGUGUGGCGGCUGGCGAGGUAGGCUGAGAGGUUGGGCUCACAGACAGAGGGCAUGCCAUCCUGGUCACAGAAGGACCACACCGCCGGUUCAUGGGGCUUGGGUCCUUGCCUGCCUUGAGUCUGUUAUCCUGAUAUCGGGCCAGUUUCUGGGCUCUGCAGACGGGCUGCUCCUGCUAGCAGAAACCUCUAGUUGGGCCUGUCUGCCCACACUUGUUUGGGUCUGUGGUUGCUUGGAACGAGGCCCGCUCUGGCUACCUGACGCUCAACAGGAGCAUCUGGGAAGAGGGAGGGGUGGCUCAGCACGACCCACCUGCUGUGACCAGUUCUGGUGGGCUCCUGGCAGGAAGGAGGGCAUGUGUGGAUCUGGUGGGGGUCAGCAGCCUGGUGGGGUGGGGCCUUUGCCCUAAGGGCCAGCCCUCAGGCUGUGCUGCUUUGUCUGAGUCUGACACCUGUGGCAGCUACUGAUGGGGAGGCACCAGGCAGGAGGCCGAGGCCACAGGUGCAUGGCCCGCCAUACCUGACUGCCCAGGUGGCAGCCCACAGGACCCCUCCCCUUGUCUGGGGCUCGCCAGCAUCAAAGAGUCACAGGCAUUUUCGUAUGGCAUUCUCACGUGGGCGUUCUUGAUGUGGGCAUUGUUGCUGUGCCAGAUUUGGGCUUGGCUGUGCUCUGUCGAGGGAUGAAGAAGCCCUUGGUGCUGGAGCCUGCUGUGGCUUCAGGCCUCAGUGCCCCAUCUUAGCAGGGUCUGGAGACCACAGAGGGGAGGGCAGCUGAGAGGUGACAGUAGAGGGAGGCAGUGUGGCCCCGCAGGUGAGGCCAUCUGGAUGAAUGAGCAACGAGGAGUUUCUCUGAGAACAGCCUCCUAAAUAGCCACCGGGCCGGGAAGUUUCAUCCUUUCAGAACGUCCACCUGUUUCUUUGGCAGCCCUGGAGGUCCUAGGCAGGGUGAGGAAGAAGCCACCAUGGGGAUCCUGCCCGGGGGGGGAGAAUUUGCAGAAGGCCAAGCUGGCCGAGCCGUUCAUACCCCUGUGGAUGUGAGGGGGUCAUUCGCUUGGACACUCGGGCUGGGCACAGACCAAGCCCAGCACUGUGGGCUGUGUGUCUCCCCUACCCACCCUGUGCUGGACGUAGGCCUCAGAGUGGGGCUGGGCGGAGGGUAGACAUCACUAGACCCACGGGGUGGGGCCCUGGCUGCUGGCCGGAGUGGGAGUUGGGGGUUAAAGCCUGGCCUUCCUCCCGGCCCACCUGCAGCCUCAGCUGGGCCAAGGCGUCUCCUGAGCUGGCCAGGCCUGGGAUGCUGUGUCGGGCUGGGGGUGGGGCAGGGUCCUGGUGGAGUAGUGGCGUGUGGUUUUCCUUUCUUGUCGUUGGCCAGGCCCUGGGAUGGCCUCAGUGUCCUGUAGCUGAACAGGGCCACAGGGCCCUACCUGGAGCUGGCAGGGCCUCAGCUGGCAGCAUCCCCUCCCUGCCUCAGCUGCUCCCCAGCCAGCCUCAGGGUCUCCCUCCAGCCUCCCAGGAGCUCUGGAGCUAGGCUGCCCGAUUCACACCCAGCCCUGCCUUGGGCAGCACCCUGGGCCAGCUUCUUCCCCAGCCACAGGGUCCAGGCUGUGUGAGAUCCUGCUCCACUCUGCAGGCACAGCUCCCGAAAAUGGAGUGGUGAUCGCUCUCUUAAAUUCAAGAGUCCCUGAGCCCUCUCCCGCUUCAAGUCCUGCUGAUUUUCCCUCUUAACUGUCUUUCAAAUUCAUUCGUGUCAUUAAAAAACCUUGUUGAAGAAUCACAUCAUACAGAGAGGCACAGGUCAUAAGUGACCCAAGUUUGCAAAGUGAACAUGUAUGUAAUUGCACCCAAAUCAGGAAAUAGCACGUUCCCCGGGCCUAAGAGCCCCCCGUGACCUCCGCCCCCACUGCCUCCCUGGCUCCAGCGCCCUAGAUUUGCUUGUCCUGUCUGUGUACUUUCUAUAAAUGGAGUCAGGUAGCGGGCAUGUGGCUCCUUUCCUUCAGCGUCUAUCCCUGAGCUUCACCUGCCAACUGCUGCUGCCUGUAUAUGGUGGUUCCUGCUCCCUUGGGGGUGAACCACAUCUCAUGACCCAGUUCACCCUUGAGGACACGGGGGAGGGCGCUGCUGUGAGCACGUGUAUCACCUCUAUCUAGUACAUACCUGGAGCGCCGGGCCAUGGUUCUCCAGAGAAGGCCCCAGCGGUGGGGCCAGAGUGAACUCAUGGUACUGUCCACCCACCUGCGGGGCCGUGAGUGUAGUCACACCCGUGAGCAGCGGCCUGGUGACCAGACCCCGUGUGUGCGUGAGUUGUUGGCCCCCGUCCCAGCGUUGCGCCGUCUUCUGCUGGGCUGUCUGCUUCGUCAGUGUGGAUCUGUGGGCGUUCUCUCAUGCUCGGGACACGAGCCCUUCGAGGGGUGAGUGUGUUGGUUGUCUCGGGUGCCGCUGCCCCUUCAUCCUGGAAUGGUGUCUUGAUGAACAGCAGUUCUUACCUGAAGUGCAGUCCGGCUUACCAACUGGCUGCACAGUCUGUUUUCUUCUGAAAGCUUUGUUGUCUUAUCUCAUGUUGACCUCUGCAACCCCCUGCAAUAGGUAUUGAUGGCCACUGUGUGCCAGCCACCCAGAACCCAUCUCCCACCACGGGCAGACCCUCUGCGGGCAUUUGCUGAGGGAGCCCCGGCCAGGUCUUGUCCCUGGUUCCUUGGCGGUCCACUGUCCUCUCACAAGGACUGCCUCCCACUUCCGUUCCAGCUCAUUCUAGGGCAGGGUCUCAUAGCGGCUGGAGGCGCCUUCCAAAGAGGUGUCCCACCCUCCCUCCAGAACGGGUGCCACCUCCACCUUCUGAAUGGUCCUGGAGCAGUCCUGCCUACCAUGGACCCAGACCCCCAGGCGGGCGUGCAGGUGGGCAUGCGUGUGGUGCGCGGCGUGGACUGGAAGUGGGGCCAGCAGGAUGGCGGCGAGGGCGGCGUGGGCACAGUGGUGGAGCUCGGCCGCCACGGCAGCCCCUCGACCCCCGACCGCACGGUAGUCGUGCAGUGGGACCACGGCACCCGCACCAACUACCGCGCGGGCUACCAGGGCGCGCACGACCUGCUGCUCUACGACAACGCCCAGAUCGGCGUCCGCCACCCCAACAUCAUCUGUGACUGCUGCAAGAAGCAUGGGCUGCGGGGCAUGCGCUGGAAGUGCCGCGUCUGCUUCGACUACGACCUCUGCACGCAGUGCUACAUGCACAGCAAGCACGACCUGGCCCACGCCUUCGAGCGCUACGAGACAGCCCACUCGCGCCCGGUAACACUGAGUCCCCGCCAGGGCCUCCCAAGGAUCCCGUUGAGGGGCAUCUUCCAGGGGGCAAAGGUGGUACGGGGCCCCGACUGGGAGUGGGGCUCACAGGACGGAGGGGAAGGGAAACCAGGCCGAGUGGUGGACAUCCGUGGCUGGGAUGUGGAGACGGGCCGGAGUGUGGCCAGCGUGACGUGGGCCGAUGGCACCACCAAUGUGUACCGUGUGGGCCACAAGGGCAAAGUGGACCUCAAGUGUGUGGGCGAGGCGGCCGGCGGCUUCUACUACAAGGAGCACCUCCCAAGGCUCGGCAAGCCAGCAGAGCUGCAGCGCAGGGUGAGUGCGGACGGCCAGCCCUUCCAGCACGGGGACAAGGUUAAGUGUCUGCUGGACCCAGACAUCCUGAGGGAGAUGCAGGAAGGCCACGGCGGGUGGAACCCCAGGAUGGCGGAGUUUAUCGGACAGACGGGCACUGUGCACCGCAUCACGGACCGUGGGGACGUGCGUGUGCAGUUCAGCCAUGAGACCCGCUGGACCUUCCACCCUGGGGCUCUCACCAAGCACAACUCCUUCUGGGUGGGCGAUGUCGUGCGGGUCAUCGAUGACCUUGACACGGUGAAGCGGCUGCAGGCCGGGCACGGGGAGUGGACAGAUGACAUGGCCCCUGCCCUGGGCCAUGUUGGGAAUGUGGUGAAGGUUUUUGGAGAUGGGAACCUGCGUGUGGCAGUCGGUGGUCAGCUGUGGACCUUCAGCCCCUCCUGCCUGGUGGCCUACCGACCUGAGGAGGAUGCCAACCUGGACGUGGCUGAGCGUGCCAGGGAGAACAAAAGCUCCCUGAGCGUUGCGCUGGACAAGCUUCGAGCCCAGAAGACUGACCCGGAGCACCCAGGGAGGCUGGUGGUGGAGGUGGCCCUGGGCAACAUGGCCCGGUCUCUGGACCUGCUUCGGAGGCACCCAGAGCAGGUGGACACCAAGAACCAGGGCAGGACUGCCCUGCUGGUGGCGGCCUACCUAGGUCAGGUGGAGUUGGUGCGGCUACUGCUGCAGGCACGGGCAGACGUGGACCUGCCUGACGAUGAGGGCAACACGGCGUUGCACUAUGCAGCCCUCGGGAACCAGCCCGAGGCUGCCCAGGUGCUCCUGAGCUCAGGGUGCGGGGCCAAUGCUCUUAAUGGCACCCGGAGCGCAGCGCUGCACGUGGCUGUGCAGAGGGGCUUCCUGGAGGUGGUGAGGGUCCUGUGUGAGCACGGCUGUGACGUCAACCUGCCUGAUGCCCAUGCUGACACACCCCUGCACUGUGCCAUAUCAGCUGGCGCCGGCGCCAGCGGCAUCGUGGAGAUCCUCACUGAGGUGCCGGCCAUCGACGUUACUGCCACCAACAGCCAGGGCUUUACCCUGCUGCACCAUGCGUCUCUCAAAGGCCAUACGCUAGCCGUCAGGAGGAUCCUGGGACGGGCACGGCAGCUGGUGGAUGCCAAGAAGGAGGACGGCUUUACAGCAUUGCACCUGGCCGCCCUCAACAACCACCGGGAGGUCGCCCAGAUUCUCAUCCAAGAGGGCCACUGUGACGUGAAUGUUCGAAACCGUAAGCUCCAGUCCCCGCUGCACUUGGCUGUGCAGCAGGCCCACGUGGGGCUGGUGCCACUGCUGGUGGAUGCUGGCUGCAGCGUCAAUGCCGAGGACGAGGAGGGGGACACGGCCCUGCACGUGGCACUGCAACGCCAUCGGCUACUGUCUCUCGUGGCUGAUGGGGCCGGGGGGGACUCGGGGCCCUUACAGCUGCUGUCCAGGCUACAGGCCUCAGGCCUCCCGGGCAGCGCGGAGCUGACGGUGGGCGCGGCAGUGGCCUGCUUCCUGGUGCUGGAGGGCGCCGACGUGAGCUACGCCAACCACCGCGGCCGGAGCCCGCUGGACCUGGCCGACGAGGGCCCCUUGCUCAAGGCCUUGCAAGGCUGCGCCCAGCGCUUCCGCGAGCGGCAGGCGUGCGGCGGCGGGGGCGCGGCCCCGGGCCCGAGGCUGGUGCUCAGCACUCCUAACACCGUGACGAACCUGCACGUGGCCGCGCCGUCAGGGCCCGAGGCCGCUGAGUGCCUGGUGUGCUCCGAGCUGGCGCUGCUGGUGCUGUUCUCGCCGUGCCAGCACCGCACUGUGUGCGAGGAGUGCGCGCAGAGGAUGAAGAAAUGCAUCAGGUGCCAGGCGGUCAUCGGCAAAAAGCUGCGCCCAGACGGCACGGAGGUGGCCAGCGCGGCGUCCGCUCCCGGCCCGCCGCGGCAGCUGGUGGAGGAGCUGCAGAGCCGCUACCGGCAGAUGGAGGAGCGCAUCACCUGCCCGAUCUGCAUCGACAGCCACAUCCGCCUCGUGUUCCAGUGCGGCCACGGCGCGUGCGCGCCGUGUGGCGCCGCGCUCAGCGCCUGCCCCAUCUGCCGCCAGCCCAUCCGCGACCGCAUCCAGAUCUUCGUGUAGCCCGGCCGCGCCCCGUCUCGCUGCGGAGCCACGUCCCGCGGUCGCCUUCGCAAGCUCUCCCCCCCUCCCCCCGUGUUUUAUAAAAAGAUUCUCGGA